AUGACAUUAUCUACUAUUGAUUCAUCAUUUAAUCAUCUUCAAUCAAUUAUUCUUAAUCGAAUUUCAACAUUUAAGUUUUCUCAAUUGAGAUUAUUAAAUGUUACAAUUGAAUGUUUCGAUAAAAGUUAUUUAAAUAGUAAACGAUGGAAAACUUUAAAUGUAGAACAUAUACCAUAUUUAAUCAAAUUUAUAUUGUCUUAUAUGGAUUAUAUUGAUGGUGAUGAUGAUGAUUUUGAAAUAAAUGAUCAACAUGCUUUAAUCAAUCAUUUUACAUCAUAA